GUUGAACAGAAAGCUGCGAAAACAAAGCGUGAAGAAUGGUUGACAAAUGCUGACCUUGAGCCCGUAAAAGUUGAAAAUCGGACGUGGUCUAGUAUGUCUUUUGUCAACUUCUGGAUAUCAGAUUCAAUCAAUAUAAACACUCUUAUGCUUUGUCAAUCUAACAUUGCCUUGGGUUUAACUUGGUGGAUGAGUUUGAUAUCUGUUUUGGUCGGUUAUAUAAUUACAGCAAUUUUCAUCGUUGCUAGUAGUAGACCUGGUGCAACAUAUCACUUGACGUUCCCAGUAACAAUAAGACAAUCUUGGGGAAUCUAUGGAAGUCUAUGGCCAAUCAUCAACCGAGUUGCUAUUGCAAUUCUUUGGUUUGCCGUUCAGACAUACAUUGGAGGAAACUGUAUUAGGGUAAUGAUCAGGUGUUGGUCACCAAAUUGGGUAAAUGCAGCUGGAUUACAAAAGGACCUAGACACCAAUCUUAGAGGGGUCGACAUGGUUUCAUUCAUACUCUUUUGGUUGUUAAUGUUGAUACCAACCUGGUUUCCGAUCCAAAAAAUCAAACAUUUUUUCACUUUUAAAGCAGUAGUCGCGCCACUUGGCUUGAUAAUAUUCUUUGGAUGGUCAUUAGGAAGAGCAAAUGCAACCCCAGCCCAGGCAGCGGCUUUGAGGAGCGUUCUGACAACUUCAUCCAGACUCUCAUCCGAGGAUCAAGGAUGGACGAUGGUGAAGGGUAUUGUCAGUGCCAUUUCCAAUGCGGUCACUUUAAUAUUGAAUAUCUCAGAUCUGGCAAGUAGAUCACGGGAUAAGAAAGAUAUUGUUUGGCCACAGCUCAUUACAGUACCGAUUGGUUUCUUCAUAACGAGCUUCUUUGGUAUAAUCAUCGCUAGUUGCUAUCAAGCUGAAACUGGUGACCUUGAAGCUGAAUGGAAUCCAAUGGUUAUUCUUGAUAAUUUCAUCAACCCUGAUAGUCCAUCUGUGAGAUUUGCAGUAUGGUUCAUAGCAUUCUGCUUAUGCGUUGCACAAAUUGGUACGAAUCAAGCAGCAAAUGUGAUUGCAUGCGGUUGUGAUCUGACUGCAUGUAUGCCAUCGUAUAUCAACAACAGAAGAGGUGGCUAUAUUUGCGUAUUCUUGGGUUUAGCACUCGUGCCAUGGCGUUUGACAGAUGGACCAACGGGUUUCACGAACUACUUAAGUGGAUACUGCGUCUUCCUUUCUGCUAUAGCUGGUACUAUGCUUUCUGAUUACUAUGUGGUCAGGAGAGGAAGAGCUAAUAUCGCUGAUUUGUAUAAGGUAGAUGGAUGGUAUAGAUACACUCAUGGUGUGAAUCUUCGCGCUGUAGCAGCAUACCUAUGCGGUGUUGCUAUCAAUCUACCUGGGUUCAUCGCGUCUACGCCCGGCAACGGAAGCUUGGUCAACAUCGCCGCAACACGUAUAUAUAACUUAUCAUUCUUCACCGGGUUCCUAGUUAGCUCACUUACAUACAUAAUACUGAGCUAUAUAUUCGUACCAACA